AUGAAUACUUUUCUUUAUUGUGGUGCAGGAGAGCUUGUAAUGGAGCAAUGUAAUGCAGUGCAUCGUGCUCUGUGCGAUCUUAAAUGGUAUAAACUGAAAUCAAAAGAAGCGAGAAAUCUUAUUAUGUUAAUGAUACGAGCCCAUCAAUCUUUUCGCAUCACUGCAGGAAAUAUUAUUCCAUUAACAAUGGCUACUUUUUGCAGCGUAUUAAAGACAUCGUCUGGCUAUAUAUCGUUUUUAGUGACGAAACAUGGCUGA